UAUUUUUUGAAUUAAAAAAAUGUAUUUGCAUUGCAACAAUUAUGCAUUUUAAUUAAUUUAAAGCAUUCUUUUUAAAGGGACAAAUCAUCGGGCUUUUUCUUUUAUUGAACACAAAAGAAGUUAACCGGGUGCUGUAAUGUUUUCUUAUUCUUUUACAAUGAAAGAACGUAGAAAAUAGAAAGAAAAAUGCCUUCAUGAAGUACCAAGUUUGAUUAAGCACAAAUGUGAAUAAGAGAGUGAUGGUGGGACAAUUCUCAGUGAUUAACUUAAAUUUCAAUCUGUACACCACAAAGGAGACUUGGAACAUAAAGCAUGAAUACUUUUAUGAAAAUCUCAUGGUUUUGGAGCAACACGAGGACAGGUGGAGUCUGAUGGUGUUGCACAUGUCUGCUGACCUGUUGCAUUAAACUUUCAGCAUGGUGUUGAACUCUCCAUGUCAGAGCCCAGAUAACCCGUGUGUUGAUGAGAGCAGUUUGGAUCGUUUGUUGAUAAACGAGCUUUCUGCGAGUAAACGCGGCGUGGCCACACUGGAGUCCGCCAGCAAUGAAUGCAACUUCGACUUUACGUCGUCGCUGUUUUUUGUCAUUACCUUCCUCACGACCACAGGUUAUGGCACCACUGUGCCUCUUUCGGAUGAGGGCCGUGUGUUCUGUGUUGUGUACUGUCUUGUGGGCAUCCCCUUCACCCUGCUGCUGCUGUCCAGCCUCACUCAUGCCCUCCUGCCCUGGGUAACACACACCCCUAUUCACAACCUUCAAGUCUUCUGGGGACUGUCUCGCAAUCAUGCUGCAUUGCUGCACUGCAGCGUUCUGGCCUUUUGCACAGCCACAUUGUUCUUUCUUCUGCCUGCUGGUGCCCUCUGCCUGCUGGAGAACGACUGGAGUUACCUGGAGUCGCUGUAUUUUUGUUUUAUCUCACUUAGCACCACAGGACUUGUUGACUAUCUGCCCGGCAGGACGCAAAGCCGAGCAGCACGGCAGUGGCUGGAGUUUGCAACCUCCUGUUACCUGAUGGUUGGACUGAUUGUCUUACUUGUCGUUAUGGAAAGUUGCUGGGAACUGCCGCAAGUUCAAGCCAUCCUGCGUUUCUUCGCUGGACCGUGGCAGGGUGAGCUGAGGGGGGUGGGUUUGGAUGAGCUUGUGCUCGGUGGAGACAUGACAGGUGCAGAGGAGGAACCUCAUUACACCCUUCCUAUAUCCACCAUCUCCCCUGCUUUUACAGACUCACCUGCCACUCCAACAACAGAGCUGCCACCAGUCUUUGGCCUGACACCCAUAGCGGCCACCAAAGAAAAUAUUCCCCCUUCACUAAGACCAGAUCUGACCACUUCCACUUCAUAACUGAUACAGUGGAACAGUACAUUGUAAGAAGAAUAAAUAAUAUACAAGAAUGAAGCUGGAAACCACUAGGUGGCGACAUUGGCUCCUUUUCUUUAAUGCUCUUUGGAUUGUACAGAGUCGAUACAAAAUUUUAUUUAUUUAUUUUAAUCAUUCAUUCAUUCUUUUGAACUUGUUGGAUUAAGUAUACAAAACUUAAUUCAUUCAUUCAUUCAUUCAUAUAUUUUUUUCUUAAAAGUAUAUAGUCAACUUAUUAAAUGCAUGAUAUAUUUGUAUUUUAGAUUUUAGAUUUAUUGCAAUCCUAAUAUUCAAGUCUACA